CGUCUCGCAUCGAACCAGGUCGCAGAUACUACACAUGUACAAAUGCAAACGAUGGAGAGUGUCAUGUGUGGAAAUGGUGGGACGAGGCUGUAAUGGAGGAGAUGCGCGCCAUGGACAGACACACACUUCAGUUAGUCGAGAAGGUAGAUUCCCUGACCUUCUGCAGUCACCAAGAUACUGAGCAGAAGCUCGUUAGGUUAGAGAACAUGGCGUGUGAGUUGUCCAAGAAUAAAUCUAAGUCUACCUUUGAUUACUUAGUUGCGGGUAUGCUUUUGGUCUUAAUUUUCAUAGGUCUCAUCCUUGUAUUUCUCUAAUGGCUUUGAUUAUGGUUAUGUGUUUCUGAGAGACAAUGUCUUUGUAAUGACUUUGGGUUUAAUGUCGAGGAUUGUAAACCAACUUGCCGUUUUACGUAUGUGUUGUUGUUGCAUUUUAAGGUCCAGUAUUUAAUAUUGAUAAGCAUAUUUGAGAAAUAUUCAAUUCAAGAAUUUUCAUCACCAAUAUGCAUGUUUAAAAUUCAGAAAAAGUGUACCUAAAAAGUAGUUGAAAGGUUCACAUGUUGUGUACCUAAAAAGUAGUUGAAAGGUUCACAUGUUUAAAAUCACAACUCCUCUAACUUCAUGAGCCUAUAAAUGUGACCAACAUAUUCUCGUUAAAAUUACAACUCAUCUACUUCCUUCUCAUAUUAAAAACAUUGCCUUUUUUUUCAUUCAAAAUGGCUUCAUCUUCACAUUAUCAUUAUAACCAAAAUGACGAUGAUGAUGAUCCAUUUGAAAAUAUUUUUGAAGAUUUCUUACAAAUCCCAGAUAAUAUUCCCGUACCGAGAGAGCGAAGAAGACGUAUCUUUAUUGAGAGAGAGCGGGAAGAAGGCCAAGACCAGCUUUGGAAUGAUUAUUUUAGCGAUACUCCAACAUUCCCACACAAUGUUUUUCGGAGACGAUUUCGAAUGAACAAGACAUUGUUCUUGCGUAUUGUGCAUCGUCUCGAGCAAGAAGUGGAUUAUUUUAAACCAUCACAAGAUGCAACCGGUCGGUCGAGCCUAACCGCGCUCCAAAAAUGUUCCGCAGCAAUUCGUCAGUUGGCGUAUGGUGGUGGUGCUGAUACCAUUGACGAAUAUGUCCGACUUGGUGAAACCACGGCAAGAAAAUGUUUGCACCAUUUUACCAACGGAAUCAUCCACUUGUUUGGCAACCAAUACCUUAGACGUCCUACACCGGAGGAUCUGCAAAGACUACUAUAUAUAGGAGAACAACGUGGAUUUCCAGGAAUGGUUGGAAGCAUCGACUGUAUGCAUUGGGAGUGGAAGAAUUGCCCAUCCGCUUGGAAAGGAAUGUAUUCACGAGGAACCGAAAAACCAACAAUUGUGUUGGAGGCGGUGGCUGAUUACGACCUCUGGAUAUGACAUGCUUUUUUUGGAGCACCAGGUACUAUGAACGAUCUUAAUAUUCUUGAUCGAUCUCCAGUUUUUGAUGACAUUAUUAACGGAAUAGCACCAGAAGUUAACUUCUAUGUUAAUGGUCAUACGUACCAUUUGGCCUAUUAUCUCACUGAUGGGAUUUAUCCUGACUGGGCGACUUUUAUUCAAUCUAUCCGUCUACCACAAACUGAGAAACAUUCAUUAUUUGCGAAGAAGCAAGAAGCUGUACGGAAAGAUGUUGAACGUGCCUUUGGAGUCCUGCAAGCUAGAUUUGCCGUCGUCAGAAAUCCAUCUAAUUUAUGGGAUAAACACAAGAUAGGAAAUAUUAUGAGAGCAUGUAUCAUUCUCCAUAAUAUGAUUGUGGAGGAUGAACGGGCAUCAAGGACACAAUAUGUGGUUCCUGGAUUUCAAGAAAGUGAUAUGGAAAGAUUUUCCGUCAAUAUGCCUUCGCCGGUCGGCAAUACAAUGGAUCGUCGGACGAGCGUUCGCAAUAUACAAACCCAUCAUAAUUUAAAAUAUGAUUUGAUUGAAAAUAUAUGGGUAAAAUUCGGACAUCGUCCAGAUAACAUGUAAUUUAUAAGUUUUUUAUAAAUUUAAUAAAAUGUUUGUUUCCAUUUAAAUUUCUUUUUUGUUGUAAUUCUAUUUUGCUUUCAAUUUAAUGUUAACCUUCUUUUUUAUAGUUUAUUUAAAAUGUAUUUUUUAUAUCUAAUCACACAUUGAAAUAAAUAUUAUAAAAUAUGCUAAGGACUUUUUUUGUCCUACCAAUAAUCAACAAAGUUAAAAAAGUCUUAUGGAUUUGUCCCUAACUAAAAAAUAAUACUAAUUUAUUCUAAGGACAAAAGUUUGUCCAACCAAUAAUGUUGCCCUGACGAGACGAGGUGACUGGAGGUCGCUCUUUUGUUCCAUCACCGAAGUGCCACAGACCAAGUGGGAUUUGUAGUUGUUAAAGUAUGCUACUUUGGAUUGUUCUUUGCUCAAGGUUGAGGCGGAGAGAACAGAUCCGGAGGCGAAGAGGAGGUCGGAGAGAAGACAGAGCCAGAGGCAGGAGAGAAGACAGAACAUCGUGGCGGCUGGAGUUUUUUUUUUCUUAGGUUUAGUUUUUUUUUUUUUAAUUUGGUUUAGUGUAAACCGAGAUAGGGAAAUUGUAGCGGUUUGAUUUUAUUUUUAAUUUAUGGUUUAGUUUUGUAAGCCGGAAUAAAUUUGUAAAUCAAUUUUAAUUAUAAAUAAAAAAAAAUUAUUGUCAAUUAUAAAAAAAUUUGAUUUAGUUUCCAAUUAUUUUAUUUUUAAUUAUAAUUAUUUUUAUUUUAUUAUAGAAUGACGUAACAUAGCACAAAUAUAUGAAUCCUAAUCAAUUUGUAGCUAAAAACAGAAAAUAUUUAGAUAAAUCAGUCGUAUCGUUUAGAUAACUCAGCCGUAUCAUUUAUAUAAAUCAGCCAUACCUCAAACAUACUCUAAAAUCGGAAAACUGAAUUCAAGUUCUUUAAAAAGUUGUAUUGAAGAUCAUCUUAUCAAUAUCAAGUGAAUAUAAAUCAACUGAAUGUGUAUAGUUUCUUGAAGUUGAUACUUUAACUUGAUCUUGAGAUAUAUGUUUUCUUACAAUCGCGUAUAUAAUUCUUACUUACAAGACUCUAACUUUAAUAUUUUCUUAAAUCUAAACCUCAAAUCCUAAACUAUAGAAUUAUAAAGUUAUAAAAAUUAUAAAGUUUAUCUUUAAACAUUAAAUCCGAUAUAUUUUUAUUAUUUAAAGUUUAAGGUUUAGGUUUAUAGUUUAGAGUUAAACUCAAAUUUUAAUCAUUUUUAAGAAAAAAUCUUUAAUUUAAAAUUCCAUUUUAAAUUUUGAUUUAAACCCGUAACUAUAUUAUUUAAAUUUAAGUAAUUUUUAAAACAAAUUGAAAAGAACUAAAAUUGAAAUUUAUAUUGCUUUCUCCAUGACCAUUGAUUGAUUUUAGUCUAAGGGUUCAAUAUUUUCAAUAUAAAAUUAUAAUAUUUUAAAAUUUAAACUACAAAUAUUAAAUAUAAAAUUAUAAAGUUAAAUAUUUUCAAAACAUUAUCUCAAACUAUAUCUAUUUCGAACCUUUAACCCUAAACCACAUAAUUUGACCUAUACCAUAAAACAUUAAACUUCAAACUUUAAACAAUUUUUAAUUAAUCAUAUACCAUAAAUUCUAGCUACAAAUGUUAAAACUCUAAUAUUUUUUUAUUUAAAAAUAUAAUAAUCUUAAAUGUUAAAUCGAAACCCAAAACACUAUAUACCAAACCCUAAACUCACUCAAUUAUAUACCCUAAACUUUAAACUUCAUAUUUAAACCACACAUCAAAAAAAUCAACAUAAUAAAAUCCAAGUUUUAAAAUUUAAAAAUUUAUCAAAAUACAGUUUAAUAUAAAAUGUAAUUUUAACCAUCAAAAUUAAAACAUUAACCAUUGAUUGUUUUAAUCUAAGGGCUACAAAUCCAUCUUGGGGUUAUCUUCUAACUUCUUUCUCAUUGGUUAGUUUUUUUAUUACAAUGAUUGCAAUUCUUGAUCAUUGAUUAGUUUUGAUCUAAUGGUCUAAAAUGCUUUUUUUCUUCACUUUCUCUCUUCUACUUGACAUUUUCUUUUCCUCUUUUCGUUCCUUCGGGAGUUCUUCACAGUCCCAGAUCUUCUUCAUCUCUCUCACUAUAUGUCUUGUAAACAAGAGAGAUUUAUAAAUCAUCAUUCAUUUCUUAUGCCUUAGUAUAUUUGGUUUGUAAAUCUUAGAAGUGAAAGAAGAAACGUCAAAGAAGAAAAGAAGAUUGUUGGAGAAGAAGAAAAAGUGUCGAAGAAGACUGGUCUUCGCCGUCGUCACGAGUAUUGAGCUCGUCGUCGUCGCCGGUCUCCGUCUUUACCAUAGUCGCCACCACCACCGCUUGUCACCACACUGGUCACCUCUCUCUCUUUCAAUCUCUCUCGCUCUUUCUCUGCGUUUUGAAUUUGUUCUUGUUACUGGAAGGUGGACAAGGCGUAGUAGCUUGGUGGUGGAGGAGGUAACAAAACCGUUGUGUGACUUGAAGACGUCGGAGCUCUCGUGGUAACGGGACUGCGGCGGCGAAGGAAGAAGAAAAUAAUGACCUUGCGGCUUUGUGAUGUGGAAGAAACACACGGUGAUUUUGUUAGGUUUAGAUUUUGUUGACGACGGCUGCAAGCUUUUUUGUUUCUAGGUUUUAGAUUAUGGUUGGUUUAGAAUUAAACUCAGCCGUAACGUAUGCAUACUCAUCUGUAAGGUAUGCAUAAUUCAACAGUAAUGUAUCUGAAUGGUAUAAGUCAACCGUAACGUUACUAUAAGUCAGCACUAUAAGUCAGCCGUCAAGUGUAACUUUUUUCGCGACGUUUCAUAUUUUAGGCGGGAACAAAAUCAUUCCUUCAACUCUGAAAUCGUCACCGCAAGCAUCUUAUCCCAAAUCGUCGUAUCGUUUAUAUAACUCAGCCGUGUCAUUUAGAUAACUCAGCCGUAUCGUUUAUAUAACCCAGCUGUGUCAUUAAGAUAACUCAGUCAUAUCCCAAACAUACCCUAAAAUCGAAAAACUGAAUUCAAGUACUUUAAAAAGUUAUAUUGAAGAUCAUCUUAUCAAUAUCAUGUGAAUAUAAAUCAACUGAAUGUGUAUAGUUUCGGGAACAAAAUAUUUUGGGCGGGAACAAACGCAUUCCUUCAACUCUGAACACAAUACUAAAACUUUAAUCUUUUCUUAAAUUUGAACCUGAAUCCCUAAACUAUAGAACUAUAAGGUUUUAAAAAGUAUAAACCCAGCCGUAACAUAUGCAUAAGUCAGAUGUAAUUUGAUUAUAACUCAGUCGUAACAUAUGCAUAACUCAGCCGUAAAGUAUGCAUAACUCAGUCGUAACGUAUCUGAAUAGUCUAAAUCAGCCGUAAUGUUCCUAUAACCCCGGCAUCGAGUGAAUUUGUUUCGCGACGUUUCAUAUUUUGGGCGGAAACAAAAUGUUUCGGGGGGAAGAAAAUGUUUUGGGCGAGAACAAAAUCAUUCCUUCAACUCUGAACGCGAUAUUAAAACUUUAAUCUUUUCUUAAAUUUGAACCUCGAACCCUAAACCAUAGAACUAUAAAGUUAUAAAAUUAUAAAAUUUAUCUUUUGAACACAAUAUUAAAACUUUAAUCUUUUCGUAAAUUUGAACCUCAAACCCUAGACCAUAGAACUAUAAAGUUAUAAAAAAACUAUAAACUCAGCCGUAACGUAUGCAUAACUGAGCCGUAACGUAUGCAUAACUCACCCGUAACGUAUGCAUAAUUCAGCCAUAACAUAUGUGUUGGAGACUCAUUGUAUGAACUAAAGUUAUCAUAUUCAGAUGACUCACCAUCUGAGUCAUCAAACAUAUAAAAUCAGCUUUCAAAUUCAACUUCUUCUUCGUCUUCUCUCAUUUUCUUACUUUUUUGUUCAACUCUCUCCUUUUCUUACAAUUUACAAGAAUUAGCUUCUUCAUCUCUCUCUUUGAGUUUUUCGUCUUCUGCAAGACGACGAAUCCAAUGAGACAGGGAGCAUUCUUGCAGGAUGUCGGACCGCCAUAUAUGACAAUGGAGGAGAGGAAGCUGAUUUUAUAUGUACGAAAACGACGACGACUGCAGUAUAUCUGUCUCAGAUUUUUUUUUUUAAAUCUAUGUUUAUAGACCUAGUUGCGGAAACAAUAAUUACCAGAUCUAAGAAUAAGAUGAAGAAGAUAGAUAAAAAAAGAUGAAGAAUAAAGAUAACAUAGACCAUUAUUUUACUGUUGUAACAUUAGACUAGUGAUUAUAUGUCAAAUCCGAGUUGAUGACAUGGCCACUACAAGAAAAACUUGAAAUAGCUACAAAUAUUUUUGUGGCUAUUAACUUAUUUUUGUACCUAUUUCACCCAUAGCCACAAAUAACCACAAAUAAUUUUCGUUGACUAUAGGCUUGUGGCUAUCGAUAAAAUGUUGUUAUUUGUGGCUGUCAUUCUACAACUUAGCCGCAAACGACAUCUGUAGCAAAAAUCCACAAACAGCUACAAACCAUAUUUGUAGUUAUUUUAGGGGAAAAUUGGAUAAAUGGGACACUUUGAACUUUUAUUUGUCACAAUAGGAUUUCUGAUAUUUUGGACAAUUCUGGACAUAUUUUACCCUUUUUUAAUAGAAAAAAUAGUAAACUGAAUUUUAAAAAUGUUAAAAAAUAUCAAAACUAUUGGAAACAUAAGUAUGACAAUAUAUAUGCUUAAAUUGUUUUUUUUUUAAAAUGAAUCAUAUUUUAUUUCAUCUUCUAGCUACAGUUACAAUACUCAUUCUGGCCAUCUACUUAGUCUAGAAAUCGGCUACUAAUGUUUAUACAUAGAUAUAUCUUCGGUAUACAACGUGUCCUAUCUUUUCUUAUAUAUUCUAACCAAAGCUAGGUUACGUUACGUUAUAAUCAAGAAAGAUGUCUUUCUUAUACCUUUAGCUUGAUAACGACAUGUAGCCACAAUGCGUUGAUAUACCCUAUCUAUAUUUGGAGCCAUGAUGUGGUCUGUCUUUUACCUUAUGUGGCGCCUAGGGAAGAAUAUGUUUCACAUCUACUCUACUGUGUUCUGACUUACAUAGGUUAUACAUUCUACAGGAAAUCCGAAAAAUAUGGAAACUUCCAUAAUCGGUUAAAGAUGUUUCCUAAAUCUAAACUAAAUCUUCCCUAAAUAUCUCCAAGAAUAUUUUCUCCCACGUUUUUCUCCUUCUCCCACGAUCUUUUGUCGUCGUUCUUUGUGUUUCUCUCUUCUUCAUCGACAUAAUCAUCUCUCUUUUCUCUAUCAAUACAACAUGGUUCUAAUCUAUGUCAAAUCGGGUGAAUGGAUGUGUAGUCGCGGUGAUGACUGGAGUUUCGUGGUAGACAAAGAAAGGCGUGGUCGAAUGGUAACAUUAGCAACUACUACUACGUUGAAGCAGCUCAAGAUAAUGGUGUGUGAGGAUUAUGGGGUGGACCAUAAUGCCAUUAAUGCCGAGUUCAGUUAUUCGUUGUUGAAUCAAAAAGGGAAUCCUCCUAUUAUUAUCACCAAUGAUCGGCAAGCAUCUAAUUUUGUGGGCUAUGCAAAGAGGGAAUCGUCUACUACCUUGUGUGUGAUGUUCUCUGUUUCUGGUGUAAAUCAAAAGGAACGAGUCAAUAUCGAUUUGAAUAAGGAGCCUUGUGAUUCAAGUAAUGUUGAGGAUGAAGAAGUUCCUGAGAUAAAUCGAGCAGAGUUUGUCAAGCCGUCAAAGGAGUCUUUUGUUAAAAGAACGAAUCAUGUCGCUGCAGAUGGUUGCGGUCCUUUAAGGAGUGAAAACAUUGAACUUUGUCAAAACAAUGGAGACAGUGAUAAGGAUGGUCGAGCUUGGAGAGGAGACUUCGUGAAGAAGGAUCAAAUUUUCACAAGUAAAGGGGUUCUGAAGGCAACACUGGAAAUUUUAGCGAUGAAGAAUAAUUUCGAUUACACUGUUAUCAAAUCCACGAGAAAAUGGUGGUAUAUUCGAUGUAAGGAUGCAUUGUGCAACUGGACUGUGCGUGCAGAAGGAAUAGAUGGGUCUACAUAUUUCAUGAUCAACCAAUGUGAUGGAAGACAUUCAUGUGCUCCUUCAAAGAAAAGGAAAUUCGGAAAAACAGCAUCAGCAAGAACAAUUGGGACUCUGAUACAACAUCGAUUUGAUGAUGCAAACGAUGGCCCAAAACCGAAUGACAUCAUUCAAUUUAUGAGAAUGGAGCAUAGUUGUGAGAUUACUUAUUGGCACGCUUGGGAAGCUCGUGAGUUUGCUAUUGCAGCUGCUAGAGGUAUACCAGAUCGCAGUUACUCUAAAAUACCAGCAUAUUUGCAUAUGAUUAAAGAAGCAAAUCCUGGUACGCAUACUCACUAUGAAACUAAUGAGAAGGGAAGAUUCAUGUAUCUAUUUAUGUCAUUUGGGCAAUCAGUUAGAGGAUUCUACAAUGCAAUGCGAAGGGUGAUUGUCGUUGACGGAACUUUUCUGAAAAAUAAAUACAAAGGGACACUUCUUGUUGCUACUGCUGUAGAUGGUAACUCUAAUUUGUAUCCGAUUGCAUUUGGGGUUGUUGAUUCAGAGAAUGACGAUUCAUGGGGGUGGUUCUUCAGACAGUUGAAAGUGGUUAUUGCUGAUUGUCAAGACCUAGCUUUUGUCUCAGAUAGAAAUGCGUCUAUUUCUAAAGCUAUUGGGACUGUCUACCCUCGAUCAGCACAUGGAAUUUGCAUUCAUCACUUAUUGACCAAUGUGGUCUCAUUUUUCAAGACAAAAGGAUUGACUGCGUUGGUGGAAAAGGCUUCACGGGCAUAUAGAUACACUGAAUUUCAAGAACGUAUCACCGAAAUUUUUGAUAUGAGUCCUGAGCUUGGAAGAUAUCUACGGGAGGCUGAUGUGCGCAAAUGGGCUCGUUCUCUCUUCCCUGGCUCCAGGUAUGACAUUAGGACCACGAACCCUGCAGAGUCUAUAAAUUCAGUUCUUAGAAUACCUAGAGAAUAUCCGGUUAUUCCUUUGCUUGAUAGUAUAAGAGAACUGUUGACUCGAUGGUUCUAUGAGCGUCGCUUGUUAAGCUCAAAGCAUCUAGAUCCUUUAACCGCUAAGGUGGAGAGAAAGAUUGAUAGGAGAAUUGUGAAGGCAAAAGGAUUCCAGGUUUACAAGGUUGACAACUUCAGAUCGGUUGUAAAAGGAGACAUAUAUGAUUGUCAUGUUGAUUUGGAAAGAAGAACAUGCACAUGUGGUAAGUAUGAUAUAGGAAAAAUUCCUUGCCGACACGCCAUUCCUGCAAUUUAUUCACGAGGUAUGGAAGUGCACAGAUUCACUGACGCCUUAUACAGCACUGCAGCGUGGAGAACCGCCUAUGCAGAUUCCAUUAAUCCAAUAGCAGUUGUAGAGUCAGAAUGGAAUGUCCCUGCUGAGGUUAAACUUGCAAAGGUUUUACCACCAAAGACAAGAAAGAGUGCUGGUCGACCAGUAAAGAGAAGGUAUGAAUCAGUAGAAGACAAGAUCGCAUCUUCUCAAGGAUCAAAGAAGAAUAAAAAGCAUAAGUGUAGCCGUUGUGGAACUGAAGGACACAAGAGAGGAACAUGCGAUUUACCCAUCUAGUUUGUUAUGUGUCUGCAUCUGUCUCUGUUUUUUUCUUUAUUGCUUUUGAAACAAUUUGAUCUUCUGUUUAAGAACCUAUUUGACAAUUUGGUAUUUGCUAAACUAUAGAGACAAAUCGAUUUA